CUUUACACAUACAGCUGGCUCUACGUUGACGAGCCCCUUCUCUCAUGUUUCACAGACACUGUUGUACAUUUUGAGGUUAUUUGAACAGUGAAUUGGAAGGACAAUGCUAUAUGCAGUCUGCUCCAGUGUGAAAAUGUUAGGUAGUAGUGUAUCACUGUAUCUUUUUUUUUUUUCUUUCAGUUCACAAAAUUAAAUGAGGCAGUAAGUCAUAUUUUGCCUCAGGCCAUGAGUUUGAAAAUAUUUUUGUGUACUUGCAGACUGUAAGCAUGGGGUCAAACCACUAGAUGUCAAAAAUGAGCUAAAGUUUGCCCAAAGUUUAAAUAUUGCCAAGCAACAUUUUUGUGCUGACAUGCCAUUUAUAUAUAUAUAUAUAUUUAUACAUCCAGUGCUCUGUUUCUGUGUACAGAUUCUGGUUUAAAGCAAUUAAUUUGUUGCUCCAAUACAGUCCACUGGUGCCUUUUUCUAACACCGAAUGGAAGCAGAUGGUCCAAACACUGGCUGUCCUGACCAGUCAGCCAGCAGCACACAACAGACAAAACAGAGCAAAAGGGAGACAGAGAAAGAGGGAGCUGCUGCCAGAGGCCAUGACCUUAUGUUGGAGUACUCCUCACUGGAGCGUAUACGUCUGCAGCUGGCUCAGAAAGAGAGAGAAUUUCUCCUCAGAGAGAAGCAGCUCCAGCAGGAACACAGCAAGGAGAUCAGCGCUCUCAAACAGGAGAAUUACAUGUUGCAGAGCAAGGGAACAGUUAAAUAAGAGCAGUAAGCAGAAGACAGUGGGAAAUAUAGGCACUGCUGUCCAUGGAUGCAGUGAUACUGAACUAUUGGCUGAGGUGCAGGCUGCACAGAGAAGGGAAUCGCAGCUGCAGGAAGAAAGCCGCAUGUUGAAACAAGAGAAGCAGGCUCUGCAGGUGGACUUGCAGAUGAUGAAAAAAGAAAGGGACUUGGCAAAAGCACAAGUGCUCUCUACAUCAGGUGAUAAAGGGUUUGAGUUGAAGAUGCUGGAGGAAAGACAUAAGGAAGAGGUGUCUGCACUGAAGAAGAGACAGCAGUGGUAUGCUGAGAAUCAGGAGCUGCUGGACAAAGACGCAGCCAGACUCAGAUCAGCCAAUGCAGAGAUACAGAGACUAACUGAGCAGGUGGAGAGGCUGAAGAUGGAGGUAGCCAAGCAAGCUAACCAGCAGCAGAAGAAAGUGAAGGAGAUGGCAGGUACACACACAUUUGGCAGAGGUGUACCUUGUUUGCUCUGAGCUCCUCACUGGUCUCAUUAUGCAGCAUCUAUUUUUUGAGGACAUGUCUUCCUUUUGGGGUUGCUUUCCUAAGCACUGUAAGAAUUGAGCUCCAGUGUUCACUCCCUUCAAUCCUACUCUGUCUUCUUCAAACACUCUCUUCACUGAUACUGUUUUCCUUUUUCAGGCUUUGCGUUGCUCAAAGCUGCAGCACAAAAUACUUCAAGAUGUUUUCUUCAUUUGUUCGCACAAGUGCUUUCUGUAAUUUCUCUGGUCAUUUACCACUUCCAUCUUACGAGGAUUUAGACUCUGGCUGGUGUUGAAUCUUAACCCCUUCCCGAAUAAUUACCCUUGAAUUUCAACAUAAAAGUGCAUGUGUAAAAAGGGAGGUUGAUUUAUUUUUUUCUGCAAUUCACAGUAUAGCACAGUAGGUUUUGAAUGAGAGCUGUAAUUCAAAUUCAAAUUUUAUUUGUCACGUGCAUAAACAACUGUUCCGAAAUAAAAUAAGAAAAUAUAGAAAAAUAUUGAAUAUAAAGAUAGAUAUAAAGAAAAAUAUGUACAUAAAAAAUAUAUGAAGGGAUUAAAAAAAUGUGUGUGUAUAUAUAUGGAUAUAUGGAUGGUGGCAGCAGCAGUCUGACAGUACAGAUAUAAAGUGCGGCUAUGUGCAGUUUUGUGCAAAUAAUGUGCCAGUUGUGCAAUAUAAUGUGCAAUAAAUGCAAUACUAAAUUGCAAUACUAAAAUAAAGUAGUAACACUAUGUAAUGUAGAUGUAAAUGAAGGUUGGGUGUUUGAAGGAGAUGAACGAUGGAGGAGAUUCUGCGCCAUAGGCACCUAAACUCUGUGCCUGCACUGAUGUCUGCUGGAGCAGCUGCAGGUGUAGCCCUCACAUUCUGCCGCCCUGCUGGAGAGCCCCGGCCACAGACUGUAGGCUGAGCUUGAGGACAACGAUGAGCAAACAAUUCACUCAUUUAAAGCCAUGGAGCAGCACUUUCACAAUUCAAUUAUUUCACUUAAAUGGGAAAGCACAUGGGAACAGAAGGAAUUCAAAUUCCUGCAAUCCGACACUGGAGAGUGGGAUUAUAAUUUAUUACUGAUGCAAGAGAGCACUCCACUGCAGGAGGCUACAGCUUUGAAAUACAGCCAUGUGCCAGUUUAUAUUAGAAAUGUAUACUUCACAGUCUAACAUGAAUAUUGUAUUUUGGAGUGUCUGUAGUUAAAAACCACACAUGUGCUAUUCAUGGCAAUCAAUAGAAAUGGAACUUAAGUGAAUAAACAACAUGUCCAUGGUAUAUGUAUAUGCUGCACAAGGCUAUUAAUCUAUUAAAAUCAGGCAGCUUAAUGGAAGAACCUUUGCUGCUUCUUUAAAUGCAGCUAUUCAUAUAGCAAUAAAGAUCAAUGUAACCAUGCCUACUAUUUAACAUAUAGCACAUUAUGGAAGUUAUAUAACACCAUUAGGCUAUACUACACAUAAUUCAUAUAUGGUGAAUGGGAAGCCAUUUCAGAUUCAACCUCACUCUGUGAAUUAUUACUCCUUUUAUGCCCAAUACACAAAAUAUUAGCAAUAGGAAAAUAUUACAGUGGCUAAAUGAACGAAAAUUAAUUUGAAACAUUAAAGUUUCUGAUGAAAUAUAUUUCCUUUUAUGCUGUUAGAAAUCAUACUAUAGCAAUACUGUUUGCUUUGUCUGUGGCAGUGUAAAAUUAUAGGCAAAGUAAUACUUGAAUGCUUUUGAAUACUAAAUCUUAAUUAAUUGUAAAAUUUAAAUGCAAUUUUAAUGGGAUUUGACUGCUCUUGUAGUUAUUUCAUCAGAAAUGCUUUGUACUGUAGAAAGUUGAAAAGGGAACAGUGUAUAAAACUAUGUUUAAAAAGUUUAGAAUGUUUUGUGGUAUUGGUGGUGAAUCUUUUAAGAUAGAUGCAGUUUGCGCUUGGAAUUGAUUAUUUUUCCUAUGCCUAGUUGUUCCAUAGCUAUGUGUGUUUCAGUACUGAGCGCCUGAAGGGCAGAACCUAAGUAUUCAAGCCUUUCUGGUCCUGCUGUAUUGUCUGUAUCUUUUUAUGAGUGAAACUUGUAUGGAACAUUUUAUGCCCAAAGCAGCCUGGCUAUGUGUUUUGCUCCACAAUAUAUG